UUUAAAAUAAUCUCUAAGUCUUGUUUGCCUUACCUGUAAACUCGUGCCUUUCUCAGCAUUGGUGUGAAAAUUAAAUGAGAUAGUGCAUGUACAUGGAUGAGUUCGGUGCCUGGAAUAUAACAUGAACAGUAAUAAUUAGUUUAAACAGACUGUGAUCAGUUAAAAGGAAUACUCUGGUUAAUCAGGAAUGUCUGUAUAAGACUUGGUUUUUCUUGUUAAGCGAGCCCUUUGUGAGGGAUUGGUGAGAGACCAACGGGACAAGAAAAAUGGAAAUAAAAGAGGAGAGAGAAUGGGAGUCUACACAAGUAUUUAUGGGGCCAGCCACUAGGAGUGUGAGGAUUACAGAUGGGUGCAGUGUGAGCAGUGAGUCAUUGGCACUGGGUCGUUGCUGGGAGAUCUAGAACAAAAAAGGGACCACAUCUGGCCUCGCAAGGCCCAUGCCCUUCUUUUCAUACUGUUUGAAUAUUGUUUUAUCAUUCUUAACAACUAUCACACUGAAAUUUUUUCUUAACAUUAUUGAAAGGGCCUCACACUUGGAGACUAUGUUUGGGGAGCAGUGGCUAUCACGUUGUCCCUGGGAGCUGACUGUUGACUAGACGACGAGAAAGAAGACAAGACGGAGCCUCGGAAGGUCUGGGGAUCAAACCGUUAUCUGAGCAUCGUUAAACCCUGAAGGCAUCGCUAUGCCGUCCUGAAAUUUCCUAACAGUGCUUAUCCGCGGCACGUGUCAUCGUUUCCUGAACAGCCCCUCUUCCCUGCGCUCGUUCAGCGUGUCCCCUCAGUCACGGACGCUGUGGACAUGCGUCUCGGCCUCUUGCUUGACUUUCUAGUCGCUUUCCCUCCAGUUUUAAGCUGAAAAUGGCUCCAAAGGGUAAAUGAAGCUGGAAAAGGACGUAGAUGCAGCAUUCCAUGCGGCCUGUCCGGAUGUUUGAGGAUAACAUUCCAGAGAGAAAUUGAUCCCCUUGGAUUAGGUAAUUAGUCAUAAUGAAGAAAAUUAGUCUGAAGACCUUCCGGAAAUCUUUCAACUUGAAUAAAAGUAAAGAAGAAACGGAUUUCAUGGUGGUGCAACAGCCCUCACUAGCCAGUGAUUUUGGAAAAGACGAUUCCUUGUUUGGUAGCUGCUAUGGGAAGGAUAUGGCCAGCUGCGAGCUCAACAGCGAAGAUGAAAAAGCGGGGAAAGGCCGCUCCAAAAGCGAGAGCCUCAUGGGCACGUUGAAGAGGCGGCUCUCGGCGAAGCAGAAGCACAAGGGCAAGGGCGGCGCGCCGCCGGGCGGCUCUGCCGACGAGGACGCCUUCUCCUCCUCCUCCGCGCCGCUGGCCUUGAAGGACGCGCGGGCUCAGAGGCCGAUGCGGUCCGCGUCCCUCCGCACCCACCACUACAGCCCCACGCCGUGGCCCCUGCGCCCCACCAACUCCGAGGAGACGUGCAUCAAAAUGGAGGUGCGCGUGAAGGCCCUGGUGCACUCCGCCAGCCCCAGCCCGGCGCUGAACGGGGUCCGCAAGGACUUCCACGACCUUCAGCCCGAGAGCGGGUGCCAGGAGCCCGCUCGCUCGCGGAAGAGCCCCGAGUCCCAGAGCGGGGACCUGCGCCUGCACCUCGAUGACCAUGUGCCUGUCGUCUUCGGACUUAUGCCUCAGGACUACAUCCAGUACACUGUGCCUUUAGACGCGGGGGUGUUCCCCCUGGAGGGCUCGCGCAGCUACUGCCCGGACAGCUCGUCCCCCAUGGAGGUCUCCGCCGUCCCUGCGCCGGUGGGCGGGAGCGCCUUCCCCGAGGACGAGACGCAGGGCGACCAGGACCUCGUGGUGGCCCCCGACAUCUUCGUGGACCAGUCGGUGAACGGCUUGUUGAUCGGCACCACGGGAGUCAUGCUGCAGAGCCCCAGGGCGAGCCGCGAGGACGUCCCCCCACUCUCUCCAUUGCUACCUCCAAUGCAGACCAACCCGAUCCAAAGGAACUUCGGUGGGCUCGCCGGCACAGAUGCCCACGUGGCCGAAAGCGUGCGCUGUCAUUUGAACUUUGACCCCAACUCUGCCCCUGGGGUGGCAAGAGUUUAUGACUCAGUGCAGAGUAGCGGGCCCAUGGUUGUGACGAGCCUUACCGAGGAGCUGAAAAAACUGGCGAAGCAAGGAUGGUACUGGGGACCGAUCACGCGCUGGGAGGCAGAAGGGAAGCUAGCCAGCGUGCCAGAUGGUUCUUUCCUUGUGCGCGAUAGUUCAGAUGACCGCUACCUUUUAAGCUUGAGCUUUCGCUCCCACGGCAAAACACUUCACACUAGAAUUGAACAUUCAAAUGGUAGGUUUAGCUUUUACGAACAGCCGGAUGUGGAAGGACACACGUCUAUAGUUGAUUUAAUCGAGCAUUCAAUCAGGGACUCUGAAAACGGAGCUUUUUGUUACUCCAGGUCCCGGCUGCCUGGGUCUGCGACCUACCCGGUCAGGCUGACCAACCCGGUGUCGCGGUUUAUGCAGGUGCGCUCCCUGCAGUACCUGUGUCGCUUCGUUAUCCGCCAGUACACCAGAAUAGACCUGAUUCAGAAACUGCCUCUGCCAAACAAAAUGAAGGAUUACUUACAGGAGAAGCACUACUGAGCGGUUAGGGGAACCCUGCAUCGUGCACUUUGGGAAUAAGAAAAAGAGAUUGAAAUACAGUUUACAAACUUUCAUUGCUAUCGAAAUCUUUUGCUGCCAUACUAUUUCAGUUUUGUUUGUAAAAGAGGAAUCGGUUUGUUUCGGGGCGGGAAAUGUCGGCAAGGUGUCUUGGGUUUAUUUUGGUUCCUUACAAAGGGAAGUCUUGAGGUUGUAGAAGUGUGAAUUCUCUUUCAUCGAUGUGCAGAAUAAUCACAAUGUGAAUUGUCAGAUUGUCCUUAACCUCCCUCCCCGUCCUUUGCUGCUAUCCACUGUGAUUUUAUGCAUUAAAGCACAUUUCAUGUGUAUUCAACCCGAAGUAAAACUGAAUGAAACUUACAGAAUGAAAAUUGUUAUGUCUCUUUAAAGGGCCCAUAUUUUCAAAGAUAGUGUGAAAAAACACAGAAUUCACACAUACACUGAAAAUGAUUUUUAGUCUCAACUUUAGGAAGAUUUAUUUAGAAUUAUGAAUGGACAUAAUCUUGGGUAAUGGAGUGCAGAUCUGCCACCUAUCUUACAACACUCAUUUCUAAAUUCUUUUUAAGAUUGUGCUGGGUUUUUGUGUUUUUUUGGGGGGUUGUGGAAUGUUGAAUGUUUUUGUUGCCUUCAUUUUCAUCUUGUGGUUUGUCUAUUUUAAUAAAUGGCCUUACAUUAAAAAAUCGUAAAGAGAUGUAUACCACCAACUUAGCAAUUGUUGCCUUUUCUGUCAUUGAGCUGUGCUACAAAUUGGCAUAACGUACAAAGACCUAUGAACAAGAAAGAACUAUUGUUAAAGAAAUGCUAGAUGAUCGUAGUUUCCUGUGAUAGCAAUUUUUUUGUGUUAUCUGUAUUUUCCUUUGGUAAAAUGUUUUAUCUGUGUUUUGUUUAGCUUAGUUAACAUUUUCUUGGGUGAAUUUGAUGUAGAACUGAUUUUCAUAAAUGGACUAGAUUCUCUUGAAACAUUAAAGUUUAAAGUUUUAGCUUUAAUUUGAAUAGAAAGAAAACAUUGUUUUACAGUUGGAUUAUUUUUCUUUUAUGUGUUCACUGUUAAGAUGUGCUAGAUUUGACCCUUUAUUCAUCCCACUGAAAAAAAACCAAACCCAAUGACUUUAGUUGAACAAUUGGAAAUUGUGGACCACUGUGUAAGAAAAAUAUUAAAACCAUAUCAGAUAUAUGGAAGUCUUAUUGCCUACCAUAUAUGUUACCAUUUAAAAAUAGGGUUUCUGUUGGUUUCUUUUUAGUAUAGCUAAGUCUUAAGUAAAUUGGCAUCAUUAGUUAUUUUAUCUUUUUGAUUCAAUCCUUUUUUUUGGGGGGGGGGUUGUUAUCCCCAAUAGUUUUUAGUUGUUUUGAAAUGUAGUAUUUACUCACUGCACAAUUCUUUAGUGUAGUAUUUUGGGAUUGCCCCAUCCAGAAAAUGUUUCCAGCUAUACAGUUUUAAAGGAAAAUGUUUGCAUUUCAGAUGAAAUAUAUAACUUAGGACAUUUCUUCCUUUGUCACUCAGUUUUCCUAGCUCUUACCUCCAUUUAAGAAUAAGAGUAAAGGUCGUAGGUCAAAUUUAAUGGCUUUUUUAUUCACACAUAUCAGCAUCUCUAUUUUUUUUCUCUCUUUGUUUUUUUAGGGCCAGAACUGAGAAUUAACAAGAAAAGGCACAAUGCCGUAAUAUAAUGUUAUGGUAUUCUGACUUAAAAGGGGGUAAAGGUACUUAAUUUUGGUGGAAUGUUGACUGUACCUUGUUACAGAGACUCCUCUUUCACUUUCUGAUAUGUUUUCACCUAAUAAGAUGGAAUAUUGAGUAUACUGUAAUAAUAUAAUUUAAGUAUUCACUAUAAGCUAUUUGGAUUAAGAACUAUUACAGAGUUGUAAACCUAUCAAAUUAAUGCAAGACAUUUAAACUAUUUUUUUGCAAAACUAUUUAUUUUUAAACAAUUUAAAAUAUAUCUAGGGUGAGUUAAAAGUCCCUGUGCAUCUAUAUUAGAUGGCAGGUAUUGUCACAGAGUCACUGUGUAUUAAUAAUGGAUGUUGAAAUGGCUUCUCCAUGUUUCUACAUGUACGCUUUGUGAGAUCACGGUGCACAGAGGUCUUUGGACUGCCCUGAACCCUGUUUCAGCAUGUGGGCGUAGCCUGUCCCCCACGUUUUCCUCAUGGUAAUGUGUUUAAGAUCUAGCCUUUGAGUUUCCAGUUAAGAUUAUUCUGCUUUUCAUCUGAAUGUUUUUAAAAUUGUGUUUUGUGUGUUUAUGGAGGGCAAGUCUUGAUACUGUUCUAAUUUAGAAAGCCAAAUUUAUGUGCAUUUGUGUAUUCGUAAUAUUACAUAUUUUAAAGUAAAAUGCCCUAUUCUAAUCCCACUUGAAAUUGCUAGGGUCUGAUAGUGUAUUGAGAAAAAUAAAGGUAUUUGCUAAGAAAUUAUUAACAAACAAAGGAGUAUUGCGAUAUUUUCUGCUUUUGCGUAGGGAGAACCGUUUGGCAUAGGCAGCACAGCGUAAUGUGAAAGAUUGGCUUUCUAGGCUACUGAAACAGCCUGGUUAUAAAUAGAAAGGGGGAAAAAGAGAUAACCCUUCAUUUUGCAGUUUGGUCUAGAUACAAUUUGGGUAAAUUUCUGGAUUAUAUUGAAUGGUGGCUUAGGUAACACGAACAAAACCUGUGAGUGAUUUUUAAAUAGUUGCUUCUGAAAAUCUGAGCUCAAGGCAAGAAAAAGAAGACAGGAAAGUUUUAUCCUUUUGCCAUAAUAAAUAAGAGUCAUUUAUUUUAAUCAACUAUUUCAUCACAAAACCUGAUGGAGGCCAGACGUUAUUUCCAGGCUUACUAGGACACUAUGCAUUUUUCUAAAAAGAAAGCAUCGAAAGUACUGGAAAAAUAUCUCCCUCUUUCUCUUUCUAAGGAAACCUGUUCUCUUUCUACUUGGUGCAAUAAUCUGAAGAUGUAGAAGGACAAAAAUAUAUCACAGGAAAUGAUCAUAGAACUAAAAAUAGUUUUUAAGGAAACCAGCUACACAGGGCAGCCAUCUUGCUAUUGAAGAAAAUUGUGUGCCAAAAGGCUAACUCAUUGGCAUACAGGAAAUAAAACGAAGCAUAUAUUAUAAUUUCUGAGCCAGUAUUACUGAAACAGGAUAAAAGUUACUAAAAUCUUACAUAGGUUAUAUGCAGUGUCUUCUGCUAGUGCUACCAGCCUAAGUAUUUUUUACCAGUGCUUUUGGAAAUGCCAGUGUUAAUCAUUGUACAUUUCACAUCGUAUACGAGAGAGACUUUAUGAAUGAUUCAAGUAAUAUAUUUUCAAUCUUAAUGGCUUUUCAUCGAAUGUGAGGUCUUAAUUUGAAAACGAAAUCACUACCAGCAAUAGACUGUUUCGUUGAAAACUCUAAUAAGGAACAAUCACCAGUUCCAUGAAUAACUUUAAAAUUCUAAAAGUAUUGGUACGCUAGUAAUCAUACAUUUGGUUUCUUUGAAUACUUUUUUAAUCCUGUAAGGGAGGUUUUUUAUAAGCAUCCUUUUUAUUAGUCACAACAUGGCAAAUGUGUAGUCGCUGUUUCAUCUCUCCCGAGAUGAAGAAUUCUUAAGAGUUUUGUAAUGAGGAGCCAUGUUGGGUUAAAGGAAUUUUAUAGUCGUUGGAGUGCCAUGAAAUUAAUACUUGCAAUCCAGAUCGCUGUAGUUUACACUUUUUCUGUAUGUUUCCAAUCAGGUGUGAACCAUUUGUACUGAGAACACCGCAGAAUGAAGUAUCCAAAGUCCAUUGAUUUUAAUACGUGUUUUGGUUUGUAAACAAAUUAUAGUAAUUUGCACAUUUUUGAAAAUUAAUUGUAUAAGAAUUUAUGUAUCUGCUUCUAGAUACAGUGUGUAAAUAAAAAUUUCAUUCACAAGA